AUGACCACUCUGUGGUAUUCCCAAAGAGCAACUCAAUCUCCAAUAAGAUUUCCAGCUGUCAUACAUUUUGGGAAAUUCAAUGUGAAGACUUGGUUUUCUACCCGAUUUCCACAAGACCAUGAUGCUAUAAAAUUAAUUUUUUGUGAAUAUUGUUUGAAAUAUACUCAGUGCCAAUCGGUUAUGAGAAGACAUAUGCGAUAUUGUAAUUGGAGAACACCGCCAGGAACUGAAAUCUACCGAAACGAAUGUCUAAGCAUUUUUGAAGUUAAUGGAAGUAAUCACAAAAUAUAUUGCGAAACAUUAUGUCGAAUUGGAAAACUAUUUUUGGAUGUUAAAACUCUGGAUUAUGGCGUUGAACCGUUCCGUUUUUAUAUUCUGACGAAAAAUGACUUUGCCGGCAGCCAUUUAAUUGGUUAUUUUUCAAAAUCGAAACACAGGGAGAACAAUUUUAACGUGGCUUGCAUCAUGGUCAUGCCACAAUAUCAAAGAAAAGGGUACGGUCGACUUCUAAUUGAAUUCAGUUAUCUCUUAUCUAAAAUUGAAAAACAGCCUGGAACACCAGAAACACCCCUUUCCGACUUGGGUCAAAAGUUGUAYAAUUCAUAUUGGAAAACUGUUAUAUUGGAAUAUUUAGAUAAAUACACAAAUAAUGGCAAUAYAUGUAUCAAUAUAUGUAUUAAUCAUGUUAUCAGUAAAACAGGUUUAAUGGAACAAGACAUCAUCAAUACCUUAAAUUCUCUGAACUUUGUUGUGAAAGUAUUUAACACAACUACAAUAUGUAUUAACUGGGAUAUUGUAGAUGCUCAUAUGCAGAGAAAAAUGAAGUUAAAAAAGGUUCAUAUCAAUCCAAAAAAAUUAAAUUGGACACCGCCAACUAAAUCAUAA